AUGCAGCGAUCUCGGUCGUGGAGGCCCAUCGCUUCAAGCUGCGCCAGUUCCUCGGCGUACUUCUCGGUUCCCGCGUCAGCAGUCUCGCCUGCCGGCGUGGUAACCUCCGCAGGAGUCACGGUCGCUCCAGUAACGUUUGGCGUCGGUGCUUCAGGUGGCGUAGAUGCAGCAUCCUGUGAAGUGGGUGCUGAGUUACUACCAACGCUGGGUCUUCCUGAUGGCGCCGAACUGCUUGAACCAGACCCAGUUGCACCGGAGGCUCCUGACGAUCCCAAGGAUCCAGCGCCAGCGUUCCGCAUAUACGGGUUGAGUGUGCUCAUAAAACCCAAAUUGUUUGGCGACUCGUUACUCUUAGACGAUCCUCGGCUGGAAGAUAUCGGAAGUGCAGAGAGCAGGUUGGCCAGGCCGCCGAUGUUCGCACUGUUACCCCGGCCACCAAGGCCUCCUAAAGAAGAAGGCAUUCCUGGUGAAGCCGAAAAAGUCGAUGGAGGCGUCGCCCACGGAUUGGGUAGCGCCUCAACCGACAGCUUUUCUUUGGGAUCCGGCAGCUUCGAUUUACCGUGGCGCUUGGGGGCCGCGGAAGCCCUCUGGCCGUCGUUCAUCAUCGCCUGCCAGAGGGGUUGUUGGAUGUUGCGGUGCAUCUGGUACAGCGCCCGGAAGCCACCGGGCACAGCCUCGAUGUUUCUCCAGGCGGUAUCGGCCUGCCGCGCAAGCUCCUUGGCCAUCUCCGGGUUGGUCGCAGCUCGCAUCACCUGGUUCAUCAGGUCAGAGUCCGCCGUCAACUCCCGCAGCAUGCGUUGCGUCUCCGAUAAGCGCAUGCGGUCCUCUUUCUCGUCCUCGCUUUCGCCGGACGAUGGCUGGUGA